AUGAAACGCGGACAUGCUCGCAGCCUCGAGUCUUGGGCUGCUCGGGCGCGCGUGCGAGCAUACUGGAGCGAGUACCAUGAGCACUUCCGACACGGAGCUGAUAGAGAGCACAUACAUGGUGACGCCCACCUCCACCGGCGGACCUGCAAGCAAGCCCUGACAUGUAGUAUGAGCGGCGCGACCGGCGCGACCGGAGCUACGCCCGACCGAGGCGGACGGACGGACGGACGGACGGACGCGGGUGCUACGACGUGCGGUGCAAGUGCGCGGUGCGCAGAGCGCCCGCCGCUCGCCGCCACUGGGGACAGUGGCGGCGCGGCGCGGGCGCCUCGCCUCUCAUCAAUAUUACGUUACAGCUAG